AAUAAGUGUUGCAACUACCGGAGUAAAACGAUUCAGAAUUUUGAACAAUUCCGUUCAGAAGCUAGGAGUCCAGGACUUGGAAACACACCCGAGCAUAGAGGAUCGACUUAUCGGCAAGUCACCGACACAGCGACGCUUGGCCGCCUGCUGCCCAUUCUCAGUGCUCAGCCUUCCGGUGCGCUGCACGCCUUGAUGCCUGCCGCCUGGCUUCAGCCUUUCUUCUUCCGCUUCUAGUCCCAGGCCCUGCGGUUUGUGUUCGGCCCUUAUCACCUUCUGGGAGUUAUGGAAUUAUGCUUUCAAGUCAACAUGACCGGUUUUGGGUUCCUCAAAGCUCGCCUUAAAGUUGCAAGAACAAAGGGCAUGCCACUACUCUAGAAGUUUUAGGCUGUUUUGGAGAAAUUCAAGGGAAAGGCCGAAUUUAGCUUAGCUCUAAACCAAGCGGUACCCCAAUUUUACUAUGGCUCUAUUUCAAAACACAAUCCAUCAGCUUCCAUUGAUGAAUCUUGUGAGGCUACAAGGUGUACCCAUUUUGGAACAAUUGUGUUUAGAGGAACGGUUGUUAAGGACUUCAUCUGACAAUUGGUGUAUUAUUAAUGAUGGGACAGAUCAACCCACUGUAGUUAUGGGUGUUUCUGGGAAGCCUAAUGAACUUAUUGAAGUUAAUUCUGUUUUACAAGAUAAGGUUCCAGUCAUCAAAAGGUUCACUGGUGGAGGCACUGUAAUUGUUGAUCAUGGGACUAUAUUUGCUACCUUCAUAUGCAAUAAGGAUGCUGUUCCCGGAGUGAAACCUUACCCUCAACCUAUCAUGAGCUGGAGCAGCUUAUUGUAUGGAGACGUGUUUCAAGGAAUACGAGAGUUUGCUCUUCGUGAAAAUGAUUAUGUAUUUGGCAGCCACAAGUUUGGUGGAAAUGCAUAGUCGAUCACAAAAAAUAGGUGGAUUCAUCAUACAUCUUUUCUGUGGGAUUAUGCAAUACAUAACAUGGCUUACCUCAAGCUUCCAAAACGAGCCCCUGACUAUAGACAGGCAAGAGGGCAUUUGGACUUCAUAUGCAGCAUGAAGGAGUUCAUGUCAAGACCAGAAUUUAUUGGUAGGACCAUAGAUGCAGGCAGAAAUUAUUUUUAUGUAAGACGAUUGGAACUGGAAGAAGUUGAACACUCACUGGACAUGAAGUUUACACCUACUUCUAGGCUGCUUAUGGAAGAAGAGUUAGAGGGGGGUGCCAUUGUCUCACAUUCCAAGAACCCCAUAUCUCAGUCAAUGUGAUUCUGAAACUUUUAUCAUGUCAUCUCUUGAUUCUCUAUUAAUCUUCAAGAACUACAUAGUAACCCCAGGUGUGGAGAGCCUGCCUGGUUAUUCCUUAGCACGUGAAGUUCAUUUGUUGUAAUGCUCAUGAGCAUGAGUAAUGAGAGACUGCAUAUAGUGGCCACAAACUAUGUUGUGCACACAGUUUUACCUUUGCCAUGGUGAAUAGUCGGAUGACAGUUUUGAACUUUAGUGAUUGGCAUUCUUGUCAAUGAAUUUUCUUAGUUCG